AUGAAUCCAAUCUGGAGUUCGCCGAGGCCGUAUACCCGCCUGCAGCUGUCCGUGUUCGAGACGUACCACCCCGGCGGCACUACUGCGCACCUGCGACUCGAGUUCAACUGCGAGCAGCUGGCCUACUUCACCGGGCUGGACGCCGUGCAAACUGACCGGCUGCCGGCGGCGGCCCCGGCUCUCGUGGCCUGCACGCACCUGCGCCGGCUCUGCGCCGAUCCUGUGCUCUACUCCCAGCUGGACCUGCAGCCCUACUGGCACCUGGUGGACGCCAGCGUUGUGCCUUUCCUGGUCAGUCGGGGCUCUUACCUCACCAAGCUGGACCUCUCCUGGUGCGGCAGCUACGGCGCGCUCACCGACGCCGACUUCUGCAACGUGGCCGCCCAGCUCGGCUCCCGGCUCCUCUGCCUGCGCGUGGACGCCUGCGACUGGUUCAACGGCCUCUGCAUGGAGUGGACCGGCCUGUUCUGUCGCGGCCUGGAGGAGCUGAGCAUGCGCAGCUGCUGCGGCCUGGCCGACGACGCCUUCUGGAGCCUGCAGUACCUGUGCAGCCUGCGCCGGCUCGACCUGUUCCGCACCGAGAUCACCGCGGCGCCGCUGGCUGCCUUCAUUCGCAACGCCAGUGGCUUGCAGCACCUCGGACUCG